CGGGCCGCUUGGUGACGUCACGAUCAGCUGUCGGGAGGUCCCGAUUUGUGCGGGGGAGCGGCGGGCGCUCGGCAGAACCGAUCGGCACCGGCAGCGCCUCCCGCCGCUCCCCGCCGCGCCGCCGGCACGGGCAGGGCCUUUGCACUGAAGCCAAGCGAAGAACCUCAGAAUUGCACUACACGCCAUUUAACUGAGCUACGAUUUCACUAGCAGCAAAGUAUCUCCACCACCAAGACCUCAAGUGCUGGUUUUCCCCCUCUGUACCCUUUGAUUCUGUCUCCACGCCUGGAAGCCAGUGCUCAGCAGUAGCUCUAACUCACCGUCCAUCCCACCAGACUGCUCCCCACCAUGCUGCAGCGUCUCACCAGCCUCUUCUUCAGCGACAGCAACACGCCAGAAGGCCUGGAGGAGCCCAAACCCUUUGUCGAAGAGGAGGAAGAGGAGGAUGGCUGGCUCAUAAUUGAUCUUGCAGGCAGCCGUGCCCGCCCCAGCGCAGCCCGGCGAGUGGGUGCUGGUGGCACCGGGCGCUCGACGCGAUCCCGCCCAGCACCCCCCGGUCUGCUGCUGCCGCCGGCCGCUUCCCCGGCUCCGGCCGGUCCCUGCUUGAUGGACGAGAGUUGGUUUGUCACCCCUCCCCCCUGUUUUACUGCAGAGGGGCCUGGCCCCGGCGGCGUGGGGAGCAGCCCCAUGGAGGACCUGCUCAUCGAGCACCCCAGCAUGUCCGUCUAUGUCACCAGCACCCUCGAGGUGGAUGGGGAGGGCCUCGAGGACGAUGCUGCCAGGGAGGUGCCGGAGCCCCGGCUGGAGCGGCACGUGCCCCACCACGGCAGGUCUCUCUCGAUGAAGGCGGCUAUUUUGGAGAAGGUUGGGCAGGCACGGCGGGUGCAGCGGGCCAAGCAGCUGGCGGAGAAGCACCAGCUCAGCCAGAAGGCACUGCAGCGGCAGAACCGGGCCCGCCAGCGCCCGCUGCGCCGGGCCGAGCAGCACGGUGGGACCUUCAUCCACCAGCCCUGCCAGCGCCACUGCAACUACUGACCUCGCCAGCACGCCCGCGCUGCCACCCCCCCCCACCCCCCCCACCGCCUCCCCCGGCAGAAGAAGACUUCACACCCCACCCUGAUACCGGCCACCCCGGGGGGCGCCGGCCCCAACGAACGCCCGUGACAUGGUUUCACUCCGCACACUCCCACAUGGCUGCACACCCGGCCCCCCCCCCACACUCCUUGUCUUCCUCAUCCUGCCUUCUGCUCCCCUUGCCCUUUGUCUCCGGCACCAGCUAGGCCAGCGACCCCCAGAGCCGCCAGCCCGGAGGGCUGCACCACCCCCUCCACCCUCGCAGCCGUGCCAGCCUUCACGCCGGAGGUUGGCGUUCCCGGUGAAAUCGCCCGUUUCUGAAAUCCACGGCAAAGUCUGUCUGUCCUGACAAGCCUGUGACAUCAGUGCCUUUCUUCAUGUUGUCAUCACUCCACGUAUAGCCAGGCUGGGAUGUCACAAGCAGAGACACCAAGCGCAAGUGAAAAGAAGAACAAAGCAAGAAGAUGUGGGAUUUUUAGGAAAAUCUCAUCAAUGGCACUAAAUAAUGCUUCCUCACCCCAAAACCAGCAAAUACUGCCCCCCCCUCCCCUUUGAUUUCUUAAUUACAUUUUUAUCAUGAUAAGACAAAAACCCCACUGUCGGUCCCAAAAGGGCUUGUCAUGGGGAAGAGCUGAUAGUCAUCUUCAUGGCAGGGUCAGCCGGGCAGCUUGCGGUGCCUCAUGGUGUUUUUUUUAAAGACGACCUUAAAAGCAAUCUCAGGAACCAAAGCACCGUCCCAGCACCUCUCCAGAGCCCUUUGCCAAACUGGGAGGGAGUGUCCAGCCUGGAGCCAGUGGUAGCAUUAUCAUGACUGGUGGUCCCCCAAGCUGCUGGCUUGUCCGAGCGAUCCCCCUUGUCCUGGAGCCACUUAUCUGCCCAAGCCGUACCUAUAUACAUGUAUAUGUGUGUGUAUAUCUUUCUCUAAAUACUUAUAUUCUUGGAUGAAGUGUUAAUCCCUGUGAAGGGAGUGGUGGCAGGGACCUGUGGAGCUUCCCUGGGGUGGCAAAAGCACGUCGAAGCUGGUGGUGAGGGGAUGCUGAAGAGGAGGCUGGAGGGAAGAGGCUGAAGUAAGGGCAAAGAUAGACCUGGGAGCGACUGCAAAGGGUCAGGAUGGGGAAAGCCCAGGCAGCAGGGCUGGGCGAGAGGAUUGUUGCAGUGGAGCUGUAAUGGGAAUGCUUUCUUCCCCCGCUAAAAAUUGCAUCCGUUCCUGCGAAGGGCCAAAUUACGUUGUGGGCAAUGAUGAUUUUUAAUGCAAAUCCCUCCCCAACCCAUGACGGACUCAUUCUGCCUUUUUAAGGACACGGUUCAGACUUUUCAAUGGCUCCAACACCAGCUGAGAUGGCUCCAACCACAGAAGAAAUUUGCCGAUUUCCGACCCAGCUCCCUCCCUUUAGGGAUUGGUUUUGUACCCUGUGCCCCUGGGAAGGUCUGGCCAUCGCAUCCUGCUCAUGGCCAGCUCACAGCCUGGAUUCCCACUCUUUUAGACAAGAAAUAAUACACACCUUUCCCAAAAAUGCUGAUUUCACAGGCGUUUCUUCCAUUCAUGAUGUUACAUCCCUUAGUAUCAUAUUGGAACCUAGGUUGAAGGAAUUGUGGUAAAACCAACCUCAGACAGCUGUUUAGUGAUUUUUUUUUUUUUUUUUUUAAUGAGCAUAUAAACAAAACAAACCCUCUUGCAAGCACCAGCCCUCAGCUCUGUGCCUGGGAGCCUGGACUGUGGGAGAGCUGGCUGAUGAUGCUCACCUACAGUGUUUAUCUUUUGCUCUGGUGACAUGGCGUUCCCAAAAGCACAGAAAAAAAAAACCUGAAGAACUGAUUUCAAGUAUUUCUUUUCAGCCUUUCCCUUUCAAUUCUUCCAGGCCAGAUUCUUGUUUCAAGACACCAGGCACCCGCCACACUGCUUUGGUCCUCCGCUUUUUCAGCCUCGCUGGUAAGCACAGCAGCUUUGGAGUGGAUUUUUUCACAGCCAGUGGUUUAUCAGCAGAGAAAGAGCGGGAUGGGGGAGCUGGCAUUACCCCCAGCCACUCGGUAUCACCUGCUACUCCUUGGGCCUCACCGCAAUCACCAUCCCUCAUCGCCGAACCUAAAACCACACUGGAGAUCACCCUAUUUCAUCUCUGGUGUCCUCUUGGUGGAGACUGACAACUCCUUGACUCGAGGGGAACGUUUACAUCCUUUGGCUUCCUGGGAUUCCCAUUAAACGCCUUUAGUUUCCCUCUGAAGUGAUGCCUGGUAUGAGCCAGGAGCACGGCAUUUGUGCUGGCACAGGUGCAUGUGAAGACAAGCAGAGGCUAAGCCCGAGCUCUUGGCUGUGCCAUGGAUGUCUGAUGAGGUGCUGCCUUCCCCAUGCUGCGAUUUCCCGUGUCGCUGGGUGAGAUGCUCUGUGGCCACCGGGCAACAGUGUUGGAGGAAGCAUUUUCUGUCUAGCCCAAAUAUACAUCAAGAAGUGGACAACUCAAGCAACAUCCUGUCUCCCAGCCUGUUCUCCACUGCAGAGUCUCCUGUGCAUCCAAGAUGCCACCAGUCCCUCCGGAGCACUCCCAAAAUCAGGGGCUCACUGCAGCACCGUCACUCCCCCUGCAUCUCCCCAGGGAAGACAGGCUUGGGGAGCGGAAAGGCCGGCUGGGAACGGGGUCCCGGGGGGAUCCUGCCAUGGCUCACCUACCAGGCCUUCCCAUGCCCACCAGUCUGCUUGCAAAUGGUACCCCAGGAGGAGAAACCCCUCAUCGAAAUCCUCCUCCGCGUCCUGCUCAUCUGCCAUGAGCCAGAAACCCUGGGCUGUGGUCCUGGGCGGCUCAGUGCCCUCAUGGCUGCCAACCGCCGGCACCCAGCAUGCAGUUCACAUGGUUUGUGCUGUUCCUCCGUCCUGGUUUUCAGAAGCGAAUGUAAGCUGCUUUCUUUCUUCUUUCCGUGCCAGUCUGAGACAUCAUUCAUCACACUGUGCCCAGCCAGCACAGGACAUGAAACAGAACUAUUAUCACACUUUAUAUUGAGAAUAUGUUUAUAAAGGCUCAAUAAAUUAUUAAUAAUGUUUUCAUGAAGAGGUUAAUCCAGAGUCCUAGCAUCCUGCAGGUCAACGAAGCGUGCUUACCACAGCGUAUAUGGGCUCCUGCCAUGCCCCCUCUGUUGUUUGCACACUUGCUCCUGUAUUAGCAUCUAAUAAUCACUUAUUAACCCCCUACAAAGCAACUGUUGAUCCUCCAGUGUGACAACCCUUCUUAUGCUGCAGCAAAGGUGUGUUCAAAUUUGCAGAAGCCGUGCAACACUCCUCUCCUGCCCAACAGUGAGCACAAGACCUGGCCUGAUACCAAAUCUCCUGCCCAGUGUUGCCAGAGCAAGAAAACCCCUUUACACUGAGGUUACAAGUCUCCUCAGAUUUUGAAACAAAUGAAAGGUGCUUAAAAACUGAGAACUUUGUGUGCACAUGUGUGCAUGUGUAGAUACUUCACAACACAGUGUGGGUGUUUGGUAGGUUGUUUUGGUGUGUGGGUUUUAGGGGGUUUUUAGGGGAUUAUUGGGGUUUUUUUUGCACCCAGUAUUUUCAAUCUGUGACUAGCUGUGCAGUGCUCUCCAUGGGAAGGUAAAGCAAACACAGUGCUGGCUGGCAGGGAGGCCCAUGGACUGGUGUCCUGCUUGAAUGGCUAGGGUGAGUCUUGCUUUCUUUUCUUUACUCGAGUAGGGGGAAACUACACCAUGGACUCAGGGACAAACAAAUAUGCUGGGGUCUUUAAAAAUGUGUUUUUUCCAUGCUUCUCUGUUCAGAUGUGGGGUUUGUUUCUGCCUAUGAGGCCUUUGGCUGUGCAAACCUGAAGGAUGCUGCAGGGAUGUGUUUGUAGCCUUUGGCAGCAUGUGUCGAUGAAAGGCUGUGCAAGCUGCUGUGCGUUGGAAGAGCUGCAGGGUCUGAUGCUCCGACACAGCACCUGCAUGGAAAAGGAGCUGUGGCCACUUGUGGUGGAAUCAUCCCUGAGCAGCAGCCCCUCUUCGUUUGCCUAUGUCCGGAAAAUUCACCUUACAGUUGCUAGAGUGCGGCUGGACCCUCCCUUGGGCUUGUCUGUGAACAACCAGAUAUGGAUUUUAAGCAAUGAGCCCCCGAGGAUUUGGGAAGUGGUGCUGCUUUCUGCAGCUGGCCUGGUUCCCACUGUGUUCCUGGGAUCAGAAGGCAGCUGGGAUGGGGAAAGCCAUCGAAGCAAUCACAUGGAGAAAUGCUGAUGCAGGUGACAGAUUGGUGGGAGGAAAUUUUUUUGGAGCUUGGAUGGGCUCUGGGCCUGGCAGCAGCUCUCCAGCCCUGCGCUGGUAUCGCGGCGAGGGGCAGGCACGGACAGGCAGGCUUGGAGGCAUCGGGACACUGGAGCUUGUGGAGGCAGCAGACAGUGACAUUCAAAGCCCCUGUGGUGUAGGAGAUCUUCUCCGAGCAGCGAACGGGAGAUUCACAUCUCAGUUGCCUUCUUUCGGUACAGGGCAGGGCAGCCUGGCUCCCUGCCAGUGCAAUGGAUGAACUCAAGCAAGUAGCAAGGGUCCCGCAGCCAUCAGGACAAGAUCAGGAGAGGCAGCCCUCCUGGAGAAGUGCCACCUCUCAAGAUGAAAACCAGAUCAUACCAGGGCAUGUCUAAACCCAUGUACCACCGUGCAACCCCCCUCCCAGGGCAAGUCCCUGUGUGGCUGUGCUUGCCACACUGUGCAGAGGCAGGCUAGUGGCCACGGCACCCGCAGGACACCCCGUUGGCAGCCACAUCAGCUGUGACAAAGUCCUUUCACUAAAUUUUGGCUCUCGCCUGCACUGCAAGGCUGGGGGGAGCUGCCGGAGGAGGUGCAGCAAAAGUCCUUGUCACCCAAUGCUCUGAAACUUGCACUCACAAAUGGGCUUUCCAAAAAACUGCUGUAAAAGCUCCAUCUGGAAGGAAAACGAUUCUUUCCACUGGAAUCGGUGUUUCUUUUUCAUCAUGGAUAGCAUAAACACAUGGCUCAUUCCAAAGAUCACUGUUGUGGGAAUCGUCACUCUUCCUUUAGGCACAUUUCUAAUCAAUAGAUAAUUUUACAUUUACAUCUUACUGAUACCUUUUGCUCUUCCAUCCAGCCCCACUGGGGAUUAAAAAUAACCCCACUAGAUGUCUUGUCAUACCACUCAGAACAGAAAAAAAAAAAAAAAAAAUUCCAGUGAGGUUCUAGGCUUGAAA